ACAAAGAUUAGUGCUGUAGGUAUCUUCUACAGCCGGGCGCUGCAGGCAAUCCGCGUUCCAUUUUCGUGUUCUUUCGAGGGUAUGGAAUCAGACAGUGGCGAGAAGGCAGUAGGGUUUUAUCCCAAACGUCUAUAUUUCUAGGGUUUUGUUAGGGUCUUAGGAUUCUUGACGUCAGACGAGCCUGACGUUAGUCAUGUGGGCUCUUCGCAGAGCGUCUAAAUCUAUCAGGUGUCAUGGUUAUCGUGUAGGAGCUCCUCGAGCUUGUUGUGCUAAACCUGAUGUACUAAGUGAUGAUUUGCAACAUGGAUUGGGUAAUCACGAGCGUGGCCAAUUUAUAGCCAUUAGAUACCUUUUGCCAAAGAGUUUUCUAUGUGUCCCAUCUGUCCCUGCAAAGUUCUUUGUGGGGAGUCGAAAUCUUUCUUCAAAGGCUGGAGCCAGGAGCAGCGGCGACGAAGAUGACUUGGAGGAGGGAUUUUCUGAGCUAGAAACGCCUCCAGAUGUUCAUGGUGUUGGAGAAAAUCAUGAGAAUGAAGUGUGUGUUGAUGAAUUGGUCUCUGAACCCAAGCUUUCUGAUGAUGAAUCGGAAGAUAGUUUAUUGGAACCUGCUCAUAAUGAACUUGAUUUGUCGGAUGAUGAAACGGGUAUGAAUGGUGGCAACGAAUCACAAAAGAGUGCAACUUGCCCAUUAUUUGAGAUCGUCGCCGGUGCUCCUUUCCAAUCCAUUCAUAUUGCUCUUGAUAAGUGGGUCACUGAAGGUAAUACGGUGGACCAUGAUGAGAUCUUGAAUGCCAUGUAUAGUCUUCGGAAGCACCGGAUUUUUGGUAAGGCCUUGAAGCUCAUGGAGUGGGUCGUAGCAAAUAACCGUCUCGAUCUAACCGAGCAUGAUUAUGCUUCUCUUGUUGAUUUGAUCGCUAAGGUCCAUGGCCUCUACAGUGCUGAAAAGUACAUUGAGAUGAGAGUCCCAAAAUCCUUCCAAGGGGAAGUAAUCUACCGAACCCUCUUAGCGAACUGUGUGACUGCCCAGAACCGCAAGAAAACUGAGGAAGUGUUUAACAAGAUGAGGGUUUUGGGUUUCCCCUUAACGGAUUUCUCUUAUAACCAAUUGUUUUUGCUCUAUAAGCAGUAUGACCGUAAGAAAAUAGGGGAUGUUCUAUUGCUGAUGGAGAAGGAGAAUGUAAAGCCGAACCUGUUCACUUACCGGCUUUUGAUCGACAUCAAAGGUCGUGCGAAAGAUAUAGCGGGCAUGGAGCAGGUUCUCGAUGCCAUGAAAGCUGAAGGAGUCAGACCCAACGCAUCGAUCCAAGCUGCUGUGGCAGGGCACUACAUUUUCAAGGGGCACUACGAGAAAGCGGAGGCAGUCUUGAAGGAGCUCGAGGGGGGUGAUCUUGAGGCGAACCGUGCAAUGUGCUGCAAAUUGCUCCCUCUUUAUGCAGCCCUUGGUAAGGUGGACGAGGUGGGGAGGGUUUGGAAGGCUUGCGAGGUGAGCCCACGGCUGGAAGAGUGCGUGGCGGCCAUCAUGGCUUGGGGUAAGGUGGGGCAUGUAGAGAAGGCAGAGGCAGUUUUUGAGAUGAUCAUCAAGACAUGGAAGAAAGUGACCAGCAAGCAUUACCCCACCCUUCUGAGGAUCUACGCAGAUCAUAAGAUGCUGGCCAAGGGGAAGGAUCUGGUGAAGCGGAUGUUGGACAAUGGGAUCCGGCUGGGCCCACUCACAUGGACUGCAAUUGUCAAGCUGUACGCGGAUUGCGGGGAAGUGGAGAAGGCGGAUUCGAUCUUGCAAAAGGUGGCCCAACAAACCGUUGCGAAGCCUAUGUAUGGAUCGUACAUCACCUUGUUGGAUAAGUACGCAGAGAAGGGUGACAUCCACAAUGCCGAGAAGAUAUUUCACAGGCUGAGGCAGCACGGCUACGUGGGUCGGAUACAACCGUAUCAGUUCCUCCUUCAGGCAUAUAUAAAUGCAAAGACGCCGGUUUAUGGAUUUAGGGAGAGGAUUAAGGCAGACGGGAUUGUCCCAAAUAAGACAGUGGCGGCCCAGCUGGCGAAGAUCGACCCAUUCAUGAAGUCACCGAAUUUGAAUUUUCUUGACUGAAGGUUGGUGAUUCUCAUGUGCUAUUUUGACAAAGGUGUAAUGCAUGUAAGAUGUAGGUUCCAAAAUGCAAAUGCCAGUAGGAAUCAUCUACUAAUCCAAUACACCCAGGCCCUGUUUGGAUGCCACCUAAAAAUGAUUUCAUUUCAUUUUAGUUAACAAUAAUUAUGUAUUAGAAAUUGUCAUUUUUUU